AUGUCACUACUCGGCAACACCAUCGUGUUGAUAUCCUCCCGUAAACACAAUGCUCUCAAGCUAGACCAAUACUCAAUCAGACUGAUAGACAAUCUGGCAGCAGCGGAUAUUGGGUACACUCUAACAGGUACUAUCCCCACUAUCAGUGCUAUUGCUGCUGAGGGUUGGAUCUACGGGCACCACCUCUGUGUAGCCGACAGGUACCUUACCAACGUUUUCUACAACAUAACCCCACUGCUAGUGGCUCUGUUGUGUGUCAGCAAGUUGACAUGCAUCAUGUUCCCACUUUCAGUGGUCACACGUGACACAAAACACGUACUCCUAGCUGUGUCUGCUAUCUGGGCUCUAGUGGUCACAUCUUGUCUGAUCAGCACCUUGGUCUACAGGGACAACAUCUACUACGACCACAUCUCAUACCAAUGUUGGGUUGACUACACUCACAGAGAAUACUUCGGCACCUUUCUAAUCAUCUACAUGAUUCUAGUGGCAGCAGUGAUCAUCACUACAACAAUAUGGCUGAUUGUCCUCGUUAGGAGGCUCACAGGAGGGACUCAAACAAAAGGAGCUACAGCUAUCAUUGCAGUUGCAGCUAUCUACUCCCUUGCUACUGUACCCACAGCAGCUAUGAUGGCAGUGGAACUAACAGUGUGGUACGAGUCCUGGAGUGAUGAUGCUAAAGCGCUCGUUUCUACCGCAAAAACACCUUUGCUGGGAGAUAGAAAGGACCAUAUUUCCUAA